UAUAUAUUGAACAUUUCUUAUCCCUUCUUCACAAUUCAUUUCAUAACACAAGACAUACAGAGAGAAACAGAAGUCAUGAUGAGUCUGGAAGCAUGUUUCUUGACAUCCAAUUCAUUCACCAAGACCUUAGAUUUAGUCCCCUCAAUCAAACAAAGAGUAAGAUUACCCAUUUCGCUUACUAAGAAACGGUCAUUUACGCAGUCUCCACUUCGAAUUGGCAGGAAUUCUCAUUACUCUUCUGUUACUUGUUGCAAUCUAGACCAACCAUCAUCGUCCGGUGAUGAUUACAAGCCUGCAGGUGAAGCUGACUGGCGAUCAUUCAGAGCGAGGCUUGUGGCAGUAGAACGUGCAUCAAGGACAGACGAACCAAACACAUGGGUCGAUCCCGAUACAGUAGAAGAUCAUCCUCCACACGUACCAAUCGGAGACAAAUGGGCACAUUCCCUUCAUGAACCCGAGACCGGCUGCUUACUCAUCGCGACCGAAAAACUCGACGGGGUGCACAUUUUUGAACGAACAGUUGUCCUACUCUUGUCAACAGGUCCAAUGGGACCAACCGGAAUCAUUCUUAACCGGCCGUCUUUAAUGUCUAUCAAGGAGACUAGAUCAACAGUUUUAGACGUAGGAGGUACAUUUUCUGACAGGCCAUUGUUCUUCGGAGGACCAUUAGAAGAAGGGUUCUUUUUGUUAUGUCCAGGCCUCAAACAAGGUGAUAGCAGUGAUGAUGGGGUGGGAAAAAGUGGUGUAUUUGAUGAAGUAAUGAAAGGUUUGUAUUAUGGAACCAAAGAAAGUGUGGGUUGUGCAGCUGAAAUGGUGAAGAGAUAUGUAGUGAAUUUGGGUGAUUUUAGGUUCUUCGAUGGGUAUUGUGGAUGGGAGAAGGAUCAACUGCAAGAUGAAAUCAAGGCAGGUUAUUGGACAGUUGCUGCUUGUAGUCCAAGUGUUAUUGAUUUGGGCAGUGUUGGGAGGAUUGGAUUGUGGGAAGAGGUUUUAGGACUUAUGGGUCAAAGAAAAGUUUGGUGAAGGAAAAAUGUGGACCUGACUGGGUAACUGUGCCUUAAAGUUUGAUACUUUUAAGGGUCAUGAAAGGGAUAAAUGAAUCAAUGAAACUAUCCUCAAAGGCAAGGAGGACUGGAGGGGUCUAUCUCUUUUCAUGGUGACCCCAAGGAAUGCUGCUAUUUCAUUUUCUGUACAUUAUACUGCAGUGGUAUAGUAUUAAAGUCUUUAAUGAUUGUAUUAAUUAAUUUACUAUUUCUAGUAGGUAAUAUUUGGAAGUAAAAUUGGAGGAAAAGCCUGUUGUAAUUUUUUCAAUAAAAUAAUUUGUGCAAUGUACUUGUGGUAUCUGUGUCACAGCAAAAAAGAAUUACAGAAAGCAA